UUGUGUUUGAAGAUGUUUCUUUAUAUAGAGGGCAUUAAUAAAUUUCUGAUCAAAAAAGGACACAGAGAGCUGACAUUAAUAAAUCCAGCUUCAUCACUUGACUUAACUCUAUGCCCAAGAACUAAUGCCAAUUGUUUUCAUAAGCUGCAGUGCAUUGAAAGAUCAUGUAGCAACUGUGGUGUGGAUUUAAUUAACAAGUAUUGAGCCUUUAAAAAAUUGCACAGAUGAAUUAGCAGAGUGGAGUAUAGUAUGUGGUCAAAGAUGACGGAUGAGUAUGUUCAGAGUGAUGGUACACUGCAAAAGGUAUCAAAGUGGCGACCAGUAAAUAAAGAAGGAUCUUUUAAUGACCUAGUGAGAGGUAUUACACCUAACACUAUUGCUUACAGAAAUAGAAGCUGUUUCUGCUAUCCAUACAGAAAUUCAUAUGGCAGUCAGUGCCUGCAUGAUGAAAUAUGUGGCUCUUGGAAGGUGUUCAAACUUCAGAAACAAAAUGUAGUGCAAUCUCAGUCAAAUCUUGAAGACUCUUUGGAUGUCAGUCCCAUAUGCUCAAAUUCAAAGGCCCAAACAAUUUUCUUCACUCAUCAAAAGUACAUUGUAAAUAGCUGUGUGAUUGUCAAGUAUGGGGAAAUAUUCUAUCCAGGUAUAAUUUUUUGCACUGUGUACCUUUUAAUUUCAAUAAACAAGUUCAAAGUAUGUUUUAGAUUGAAGUAUUAACUUUUCAACAUUGCUGGUAAUUUUUUCUAACAGGAGUUGUGAUAGAAGUCCUGGAUGAUCAGCGCAGAAAUAAUUUUUUAAAAAGGCACAGAAAUUAAAGAAAUAUAUAAAUAUAUAAAUAUAUAUCCAGAAGUGCAGGACAUACAGUUAGUGUAUGCAGACAUGAUUGUUACUGAAGUGAUGUUGAUACCAAUGGCAAUAGUUUGAGAGUGGAAUGUUUUGAUUUCUGAAUUUGUCAAAUAAAAUUUGUGUACAGUU